UUGGAAUGCUUAAAGUAGUUGACGAAUUGUUUAUUUUAUAGAAUUUUUGUGUCGCCGUGUAUUAUCGGUCGCUCUUUCCUUUAUUGUCUAAUUUGAACCACUUUUGAUGCUUGAGAGCGUGUACAUUAAAGUUAUUUUAGAAUUGUAUUUUAAUAAAAUGUUUAUAAAUAAGAGAUACUAACAGUUUUAAAGAAUAUAAAGUGUUUGUGAAACUAAAGCAAUCGAGAUAUGUGCUUUCUUCCAUAGAAAAAUGGCGUUGUGUGGUUAACAAAUUCAAAUACUUGAACUACAAAAAAAAAAAAACUCGAACACAAAUAUUUCUAGCGGCUAAAUUCGUGUAUAUUUUAGAUCAGUCUGGAGUCAAUUUGCAACGGCACCACUUGUACUUCCAAGAAUCAGUUGCCCUUGUUUAUGAUACAAAACUAUUUAUGAUACAAAACCGAUCUCUUGGUAGGAAUUUCCAAUUAAAAUUGUAAUAAUGGCUUUAAUACAAGAGACCGUUGAGAAUUGGGGCUUAAGGAAAUGCGGAGAAAUUUCGACAUUGUUGUCAGUAGGAAAGGAAGAGUUUUUCCUCAGUUGUGAGUUUUGUGACUAUACAGUUCUUCAAUUAGACAAGUUCAUACGACACAUGUGCGAAAGCCAUCAACCAGAAUUUACUGAAAUAAAAACGGAAACAAAUUUAGCGAAGCUAACGGCUCAGCUGCAAGAUGAGGAAGUGGGUAGUCAAUGGGAAAACAGUGAUGAGGAAAACGAUGACAAGGAUUAUGCAUUAAGGGGAUUUGAAAGAGUUGAAAUCGAGUUGGAUCCAAUGGAAAUGGAAGAUUCAUUGGAUAUGAAAGAAGAAGAUAUUUCGGAAGUGUUCGUGAAAGAUAAGCACAGCUUACAUUACAUUGAAACAAGUGACGCUGAGAUGUCUGACGUUAGUUGCUACGAUAAUAAACAGGUGGGCGCCGAUGAAUCUGGGAUGUGGGUUGAAGCUAACAAGUUACAUGUUCCAAGUAAUGGACGAUCAGAGCUCAUAGACACUUCAAGUUGCAUGUUGCAAGACGAUAAGGAUUCGGCCGCGGAAAAAGAAUUCAAUAUUGAACUUAUUAAAUUAUACCGUUCCCUACCGUUGUUGUGGGACACGAAACACAAAGAUCAUAACAACCGUAUUUUAAGAACAAGACAAUAUGAUAUUUUGCUCGCUAAAUAUAAAGAAAUGUAUCCAGAUGCUGUUAGAAGAGACCUUUUGAAAAAAAUUAACUACCUUCAGUCCAAUUAUCGGCGUGAAUUAAGACGGGUGUCUUCACAUGAGACAUCUACUCUAUAUUAUUUUGAUGCCAUGGAUUUCUUACGCAACGAUGAACAAUCGUCCUGGGAAUCACAAAGUGGAGUGAGUGAUUUAGCAAAACUGAAGCCAACCUCUCAAGCUGUCGAACACUAUGCAAAGCCAGAAAAGGUCACUGAGACCGUUAGCAAAUCAAACUCUUCUUAUAUUCAACAAAAUGAUUUCCGAAGAAAAGAAACUGGUUUUCCACAAAGUUCUAAGGAAGAACAAGAUCUUCAGAAGCUCACAGACGAACAGAAAUUCAUUCUUGAGCUGAUUGAAUUGUACCGCUCUUUACCGGCAUUAUGGAACAUACAUUGCACCGAAUACAAUGAUCGAGAAUCAAAAAACAUACAAUACCAAAUUUUACUUGAGAAAUAUAAAGAAAGAUAUCCGCAUGCCGACAAAGAAGAAGUUAAGAGAAAAAUUAAUACUCUUCGAACGAAUUUUCGACGAACUUUAAAAACUCCGUAUUCACAAAAACUAUACUAUUUUGAUGCAAUGCGUUUCCUUUGUAUUAUUGGUGAAUCACAGAGUACAACGUGGGAUUUUGAUGAUAUGCAGCCAACCUCUGAAGCUGCCGAACGCUAUGCAAAGCCAGAAAAGGUCACUGAGACCGUCAGCAAAUCAAACUCUUCUUAUAUUCAACAAAAUGAUUUCCGAAGAAAAGAAACUGGUUUUCCACAAAGUUCUAAGGAAGAACAAGAUCUUCAGAAGCUCACAGACGAACAGAAAUUCAUUCUUGAGCUGAUUGAAUUGUACCGCUCUUUACCGGCAUUAUGGAACAUAAAUUGCACCGACUACAAUGAUCGAGAAUCAAAAAACAUACAAUACCAAAUUUUACUUGAGAAAUAUAAAGAAAGAUAUCCGCAUGCCGACAAAGAAGAAGUUAAGAAAAAAAUUAAUACUCUUCGAACGAGUUUUCGACGAACUUUAAAAACUCCGAAUUCACCAAAACUAUACUAUUUUGAUGCAAUGCGUUUCCUUUGUAUUAUUGAUGAAUCAAAGAGUACAACGUGGGAUUUUGAUGAUAUGCAGGAGGAAGAUAAUGCUUGGCAGUCAGAAGAAAUCAAUAAAUCUGAUAGUGAUUCCGAAAUUACCCAUAACGAAUAUGAUAUUGAUGUACGCAAGGACAGAGAAGAUCGUACAUCACAAACUGAUGAGGAGAGCGAACAAAACAAUAAGCUCACAUCUGAAAAAGAAUUUGUGAUUGAGUUAAUUAAGCUGUACCACAAAUUACCGGCGCUUUGGCAUAUCAACAGCAAAGCUUAUCAGAACCGUUUAUUAAAAUCUAAACAAUAUGAAACGUUACUUGCAAAAUAUAGAGAAAAAUAUCGAGAUGCUACCAUGUGUGACCUUAAAAGAAGGAUAAGUAACCUUCGAUCAAACUUUCACCGGGAAUCAAAACGAAUAUCUCUAACGGGAGAAACAAAUCUUUAUUAUUACGAUGAAAUGAGAUUUCUGCUUAGUAAUUAUCCUCACUCUGAUGGCCAAAACCAGACGGAUGAUCUAGAGGAAACGCAGCUAUCAUUUGAACAAGCACAAGGUAUUUCGAAGCUCGAAGAAAUUGUGUCAUCCGACAAUGAAGACGAUGAUUUUGAAUAUAUGUCCACGGAUACGCUACCACAGACGCAAAAAGGCAACAAAGGCACAAACGAAAAAGAUUUCAUUCUUGAGUUGAUUGAAGUGUAUCGCUCCCUACCGGCACUAUGGAAUAAGAAGUAUAAAGAUUAUCACAAUCGUCAAGUAAAAAGCCAGCAAUAUAAAAAAUUGCUUCAGAAAUAUAAAGAAGGUAAUCCAGAUGCCGACGUCAAGGACCUUAAAAGAAAAAUUAAUUGCCUUCGAUGCAAUUACCAAAGAGAAUCGAAACGAAAUCCUCGAUAUGGGGUAUCAACUCUGUAUUAUUUUGAUGCAAUGAGUUUCCUACGUAGUAAUGAACCGUCUGCUGACUCACAGAACAUGAUGAAUGAAUUAGAAGCUACAAAGGCAGGAUCGGGACUGGACAGUGGAAAAUUUGCCAGGUCAAAAAGUCUUUUAAAUGAUGCACAAUUUAUCGCCUUGGCAAAUAUCUACAAGGCGCACCCCUGUCUGUGGGAUGAAAAUGUCCUAGCAUAUAGAUUCGCUAAUAGGCGUCGGGAAGCAUUGGCAAAUAUACUUGAAGAACUUAAUAAAGAAACUGAAUUGAACUUAACAAAGUGUGAAUUGGAAAAGGAGAUUUCUCUACUCCGCAAAAUAUGUUCAACUGAAAAAAGGCAAAAAAUAUUUAGUCGACGCAACAAAUCUGUUUAUGAAGCAAAAUAUCCCUAUUACGAACAAAUAUCGUUCGUUGAAAUUGAUGUUACUCCUUUUGAAUGCUCCAUAUGUGGAAAUUUAUUUGCUGGCUUAAGUCAGUACAAAGUACAUUUAGCAUCGCAUGAUGGCUCGCUACCAUUUAAAUGUAAUGUUUGCGGCCAUGGAUUUCAGCUAGCAUCUAAUUUAGCGGUGCAUUUACGAAGGCACGCGCAAGACUACACGUACAGCUGUGCGGUAUGCAACAAGCAAUGUGUCACCUCAACUGAAUUAAAAACGCACAUGCUUCAUCACACCGGCGAAAAACCAUAUGUUUGUGAUAUCUGCGGUAAGAGCUUUCGUUGGCUACGAGAAUUUCAAGAGCAUAUAAAUCGCCAUGAGAACCGGCCCAGGUACAAGUGUGAAAUUUGUUCAAAGGCUUUCUAUAAAAAUGGCAAGCUUAAAGAACAUAUGGCUGUUCACUUCAAGGUUCGUGAUAAAAUAUGUAAGGUGUGUAACAAAGCAUUUACAACCCAGAAACAACUGCGUCAACACCAACACAUUCAUAAUGCGGAAAAGAAAUUUAUAUGUAAGAUAUGCGGAAAAAGUUUUGCACAACCCGCGGGUCUAAGUGGGCAUAAAAAAUCACAUUGUAUAACGACAUUUACUAAAAAUCCUGAUUUAAACUAAGAAAAUCAUAUUUUGUAACUCAGGUUAAAAAUAAAUAUUAAAUGUACA